CUCGUGUAUAUUCCAGUUGUUUCUUUCCUUGCUUAAUACACAACCCCAAUUUGGGAAACGGGUUCUUUAUUCGAAAUACCCAUCUCCUGUUUCGUCACAAUUGCCUGAAAUCUCGAAGCUCUUUGGCUGGAUUUGAAUGAGAAAGGAAGAGGAAAACCGAAUCAAAUUUGACGUCGCCGCCUUAACUAACCGACAACCGUAGGUUGUUUCGCUUUCUCUUUGGUGGGGUAGAUGAACAAAUUUCUCUAGAAGAUUUCGAAGUUUGUGUUUCCAUUGUGUUUGAAUAGAUAAAAACCCCAUUCAGUAUGAACCCUUUUGUUCUCUUUCUCUAGAAUUUUAGAGAAGAGAAUUUUUGAGUUAGUGGUAAGGGAUUGCUUUUUGUUUCGGCAAACAACCCAUCUAGAAAAUUUAGUUCUUUGGGUGUCUGUGUAUUCAAUUUGUUUUUUUAAUCAGUUGUAGUUUGGGUGAAUCACCAUUUAUUAGAUCAGGGUAUUGAUGUUUGAUGUAUUAAAUCUGUUGUUUCAGUGAAGAAUUGAGUGGUUUGAUCACUGGGGAGCAAAACCAUUUAACAUUGCGCAGUGGGUUGGUCCUAAAUUUUUUAUUCAUCCUAUCCUUCUAACAGAAUUGGAGAUUUUCGAAGUUUGAUUUUGUAAAUCCUACAGGAAGGUUUAUGAGCAUUAGGAUUGUACUUCAUAUUGUUGAUCUGUAAGUUGUCGAGGCUGAGUUUUAUCGUGAGAGAAGAUGGUUGGAACUACGGAAGGAAUGGCCAAUAGUGUGUACUCAAAUGGGUCGGUUCAGAAUUCAAAUGGUGUUCAAGAAGAAAAGCUUGAUGAACUUCGGCGCCUCAUUGGAAAAGCCGAGGGUGAUCCAAUGAGGAUUGUGGGAGUUGGGGCUGGUGCUUGGGGCAGUGUGUUUGCAGCUAUGUUGCAAGAUAGUUAUGGUCACCUAAGAGACAAGGUUCAAAUUAGGAUAUGGAGGAGACCUGGAAGAUUUGUUGAUAGGGCAACUGCUGAGCAUUUAUUUGAAGUAAUCAACUCAAGGGAAGAUGUGUUAAGGAGAUUGAUUAGGCGUUGUGCAUAUCUGAAGUAUGUUGAGGCAAGAUUAGGUGAUCGAGUUCUUCAUGCGGAUGAGAUUUUGAAGGAUGGGUUUUGCUUGAAUAUGAUAGACACCCCACUUUGCCCCAUGAAGGUUGUGACCAACUUGCAGGAGGCUGUGUGGGAUGCUGAUAUAGUGAUAAAUGGUUUGCCAUCAACAGAAACUCGUGAGGUCUUUGAGGAGAUUAGUAAAUAUUGGAAAGAAAGAAUUACAGUGCCAGUCAUCAUUUCCUUAGCAAAGGGUAUAGAGGCUGAAUUGGAGCCAGAACCCCGUAUUAUAACUCCCACUCAAAUGAUCAAUAGGGCAACUGGAGUUCCCAUGGAGAAUAUUCUCUAUCUUGGUGGACCGAAUAUUGCCUCAGAAAUUUACAACAAGGAAUACGCUAAUGCUCGCAUAUGUGGAGCUGAAAAAUGGAGGAAACCACUAGCAAAGUUUUUAAGACAGCCUCAUUUUAUAGUGUGGGAUAAUGGUGACCUUAUAACCCAUGAAGUUAUGGGUGGUUUAAAGAAUGCCUAUGCCAUUGGAGCUGGAAUGGUAGCAGCUCUAACCAAUGAGAGUGCCACCAGCAAAUCGGUGUACUUUGCGCAUUGUACAUCAGAGAUGAUUUUUAUUACCCAUCUUUUAUCAGAAGAUCCUGAGAAGCUCUCAGGGCCUUUGUUGGCUGACACAUAUGUAACCUUGUUGAAAGGUCGUAAUGCAUGGUAUGGCCAAAAGUUAGCUGAAGGGGAACUGAGUCUUGAAAUGGGUGAUAGCAUCAAGGGCAAGGGGAUGAUUCAGGAAAUCAUGAAGUAACAAAGAGAGGCAAAAGAACAUAGGAGAGGAAAGGCUUGCAGCAUCCUCCAGGUCUCUCAAUGGUAAGGAUAAAAUAGAGAGAGAUAAGAGAAGAGACAGCUAGAGAGAGUAAAAGCUCUUUGAUAUAGAUUUUGACCAAAAUUUGUCACCACCCUGACGAGCAUAGUUUUAGCCUUGGCAUAGUUUGUCUUCUAAUUCUAGACACACCAAAAGAACCUGACUUAACACCUAUAGUUGGUAGACCUGAAACUCACAAUAAAGUACCUAGAAUGCCUUCUAAAACUAGAUUCUAAUUAAAUUCCACUGAAGUUAAAAUACCUCCUAAUGAAAAUUUCUGAUGCUACUUCUAUCAUUCUUUCCACAUCAUAAUUUGGAGUACAUGUGAAAGUGGGUUUCAGUAAUAAAACACUGCCACAUCAACCUUAGACAAAAGGAAUUACUACUUUGCUUUUGAGAGAACUACCUCAAUACUUGAAUCACUUAGAAUUAUUGAACUGGAAUGCCAAAUAGCAGCUUAGUUAAUAUCUCUGAUGUAUGAGCUAAUAUGUGGCUUCAAGUAGAAUUAAAUUCUUACUGAAGUUGUGUUGCUACCAUGCCCCUGGUUUAGGUCAUUGAUCAACAUUUUGUUGCUUUUGUUAUCCUACUUGAGACAGCAAUCAUAUCUUGUAUGAUUCAAGUCUAUUUGGUUUAAUCUGGGAUGACAGAAGUUUCAUUGCUGCCAGCAACAGGUGAAAAAUAAAAAAAAAUCCUGAUUUUGGUUGGGGUUGCUGGUAACCAGUGAUCAUUUCCCUGUGGGUGCCUCGCAGAUUAUGACCCAUGGUUGAUUCCAUUACUCUGUUGAAUUUUCUUGGGUAUAUCAGAUUGAAGUCAAGUGAGAUAUUAUUAAUGUACUUGCUAGCUUGAUGAGUGAAGGAUCUCGGUUCUGAGUCAGACUCUAUAGUUGAUUCCACCAGUAAAUCGGGAUGGGAAAAGUAUUCCUUGAAACAUUGAUUUGGAUAUAUCCUUACCAUGACUUCCCAACUCAGACUCCAUUAUCAAAUCCAGUCGUAAAUUGGGAUGGGAAAAGUAUUC